CCCCGGCCCGCCGACUAUCGGGAUGCUGGAUCUCAGCGAUGUUCAUUUCUGCGCUAGUUCUGAGCAACGGAGGAUCGUUUUCGGAGGGCGGUCUCGCAUAAUUGACCUUAUAGUAGUUUACGCGAAAAAAGAGCGAUGUGCAAGUAUAAUAGUAGAUUGUUCUGGUUUUGUUGGGCGGGAACUUUAAGUUUAGUUUGUGGUUUCCCGGUGCUUACCUACGAUGAUGAUUAUAACAGUGCAGAGGAUGAUUAUGACGUGAUUUUCGAUCAACGCCAGAAUGGAACUGAAAACGUGCGUUUGUCGGUGGAUGGAAUUAUGAUUGCAGUACCAGCCCCUCCAAGUCAAUCUGAUAUCUCGACACUUGCUAGCAGUGCUUUGCUGGAUAUUCUUAGUUCUCAGGUCGGUUCAUUGGAUAGUGAUAGUUCCGAGGAAGAACCGAGUAAAUCAACCACUACUUCAACAACUACUACGACCACAACCACAACUCCCGUGCCCACUUUCCAGGAUCAGUUGGUACCGGUUAAUUUGUUGGGUCAAAGUUUGUCCUUUCUUUUCAACAAAGGAGCGGACAUUCCAAUCAAAAUAGGAUCUCAUUUGAAACCAGUUAAAGGUGGUCAACCAAGUUUAUUUUUGCUCAAGAAGGAAGCAGUUGAACAUGAGAGCAAUGCGGAAAACGAUUCCACGGAAGACACAGAAUUGCAACCUGGCCCACCGAAGAAGUCCUCCAAGCACAAGCGACGAUAUAAACUGAGAGUGGCCAGUUUAUUGAAGCCAAUGCUGCAACGGACUUAUGUGGCUUAAGCCGACCAACAGAUAAACUUGUGAUAGGGUAUUUAUAAAAAUAAGUAUAAUUUCAUAUUUAA